AAAUCACAGCAAAUACGAUGGUGUCCUUUCGCUUUCCGUUCUCGUUUUCUCAGACGCCGGCGCCACCGGUACCGGGCGCCGCUAAUGCCUCCUCCCGCCGAAUUUCCUCCGCCGCGGUAUCUAUCGCCGCCGCAAUAUCAGUCUCCGGAGCCAGCAUUGCUGUUAUCUCCCAAAACCCCAACGGCCAAUUUCUCCAGAACACGCUGAAUUUCUUCGUUUCCAGAGGAAUUGGGAAUUCUCCGACGUGGGGCUCGCUUUCCAUCGCCAGAGAUUCGUCUCCGGUGACCGAAUCGAGGACUGGAGUGUCAUUUCCUGCUGUACUUAAGGAUUCCCAGCGGCUUCUGGGUGUUGGAUUGCGGCGAAAAGCUGUUCUAGGGUUGAAAAAUAUUGAUGUUUAUGCUUUUGGUGUAUAUGCUGAUGAUGCUGAUGUAAAGAGUUUCCUUAGUGAGAAAUAUGGAGAAUUUUCGGCUUCCGAGUUGAAGGGGAACAAAAAUUUAAAAGAUGAUCUUAUGGAGUAUGAUGUAAGCAUGACUAUUAGGCUUCAGAUAGUGUACGGCAGACUGAGCAUUCGGUCAGUUCGAAGUGCUUUUGAAGAGUCGGUUGGUAUGAGAUUACAGAAAUUUGGCGGGUCUGAUAAUAAAGAUUUGCUGCAAAGGUUCACUUCCCAAUUCAAAGAUGAAUAUAAAAUACCUAAAGGUUCGAUCAUUGAUUUGUCUAAGGAGCAGGGCUAUGUUCUUCGCACGAUGAUUGAUGGGAAAGAGGUAGGAAGCAUCCAGAGCAAACUCUUGUGUCGGUCGAUUCUUGAUCUUUAUAUUGGAAACGAGCCCUUUGACCGAAAAGCCAAAGAAGAUGUCGAGCAAAACUUGGCAGCUCUCAUAGGGAAAUUAAAUAGCUAAAGAGAAAUUUUUUAGCUGAGUUUUUUUCGAUUUGGAAAAUGGAUUAUGGUUAUGCAGUAAAUAAGACUGUUUGGUUUGUCCUGAGAACUUGACAAAAUGUAAUAAAAGCACCAAGGUGAAAAGUUCCUAAAAUGAAAUGAGUUUUGUUGUGAGUUUCAGAAUUUAGCUUCCAUUUAUGAAAACAUUUUAUUUUAUUUUUAUUCUGUUUUUGUCUUCAAUAAAUCAUUU